AUGAACAAUCUGGAGGGUAGUAAUCAGUAUGAAGCUACAACAAGUGGAUCUCCAUCUACAAAUACGGAAAUCAUUGAAGACACAACAGUGGAUAUUCCACAGACUUUCUACUCAUGUAGCACAGGUCCACAACGCAAUUUUGAGGAUAAACUUUCAUGUCCACCUCACCAUUUUCACGAUGAAUCAAGAGAUUGCGUCCGACUGUACAAAGCUGCUUUGGAAGGAGACUGGAAUGAAGCCUACACUAUUAUGCGUACACAAAAUGAAAUUGUCAAGGAACCAAUUAAUAAUAAAUGGGACACUGCUCUUCACAUCGCUGUUGCAGCAAAGCACAAAGACUUUGUGAGAAAUCUACUCGGAGAAAUGUAUAAUAUGAAAAAUCUGGAGGGUAGCAAUCAGGGUGAAGCAGCAACAACUGAAACUCCAUCUACAAAUACCUGGCAGUAA